AUGGUAUCCUCCCUCGAGACAGACCCUCACGUGUAUCCUGCUCGAGAAUUUAUGAUCCCUUCCGAACCUCUUGAGGUUGAACCAACGGGAAUGGACCGCUCGAUAGUCGAGCCUCUUCUCGAAAACAGUCAGGGGCAGAGUUAUGCUCCCGAGCUUCACGUCGUCCGUGUGGUCCUCGACCGAAAAUGCUCCUCGAAAGGCUCGGCUGCCACGAACACUAAAUCUUCGUUCCACACCGGGUUUACCGUUCGGGCCUGGGAAGCCCUCGUCCGGAGCACCUGGUUCCCUAACCGGGCCUUUACGGAGACUUCCGGGGCCCGAUUAGGGUCGUUGGGGACUACGUCUUGGGCCUCGAUCACGUUGACCCGAAGGUACCACAGUUUCGGGGAGACAACUCCCUCGCCGGAAACCGAGGCCGCGUCCGCGUGCCAAGCGUCCGGGAAGGCCUCGUCGGCCUGCGACCCCAUCCAAACGGCCGCCAUGACCUCCCCGAGAACGGAGUCGAGCCUGUACCACUGUGGGGCGAGGGGGCUGUCGGGCGGGGCCCGCGUGGGUACCUCGUUCAGGUCGAACGUGACUCGGCCGAUAAUCUCUUUGUUCUCCCUGACGACGACUUCUAGAGUCGAGGAUUGGAUUUGGUCCUUGGAAAAGGCGAAGACUUGGUUCCACUCGGGGCUCGUGGUUUGA